UGUUGGUCGCAGUGGGUGAGCUGGGUUGAGAAGGCAAGGCAAACAAAAAAAAACACACACAGUUGCGGGCUUAGUGUGAGUGUGUGUGCGGUUGAGAUGUCGGAUUUAGGAAGCGGAGAUGAAGGGUCCAGUUCUCAGAAAUACCAGCAGGGAAUGGAUCAGGGGAAUGCAGAUUAUGACCCAGCUCAGCAGGGACAGAUGGAACAGGAGUUGGCGACGAAGAUGCUGCAGAUACAGAGCAAAAGGUUCUAUUUGGACGUGAAGCAGAAUAGACGGGGGAGGUUUAUUAAGGUGGCCGAGAUUGGGGCUGAUGGUAGGCGGUCACAAAUUUUCUUGGCGCUGACGACGGCCGGCGAGUUCCGGGACCAUUUGAACGCGUUCAGCGAUUUCUACUCGUCCCUGGGACCACCAAAUCCCGACACUGUGCCCGACGAUGGAAAGCUGAAGAGUGAAAUGAUGCUGAAAGAGAACAGGCGCUACUAUUUGGACCUGAAGGAAAACUCCAGGGGACGGUUUCUGAGGGUAUCGCAGACCAUAACGCGCGGCGGUCCUCGCUCCCAGAUCGCGAUUCCCGCGCAGGGGAUGAUCGAGUUCAGGGACGCUCUGACCGAUCUGCUGGAGGAGUUCAACUGCGACGAUCAUACUUACAAACCCGACCUGCCAGACGGUCGGCAUCUCCAUGUGGACAACAAGAAUUUUUACUUCGACGUAGGCCAGAACAAUCGCGGCGUUUACAUGCGUAUUAGCGAAGUGAAAUCCAAUUUUCGCACGUCGAUCACCGUGCCCGAGAAAAGCUGGCACCGGUUCCGCGAUAUUCUCGCCGAGUACUGCGACAAAGCGAGACCACCGAUCCAUGAUCAACCGGUGCCAGUAGUUUUAGGGCAAUGGUACUAUCCGCGGCCAGCAGCAAUACACGGGACCCAAAUAAGAAGGAGGGUCCCAGGCAGCAACGACGGCGCCGUUGGUGGUGGCGGCGGCGGCAACGGCAACUCUCCCACUCAGAGCCCUUCUUACAACCAAUUGUGAUUAGAUCUUUAAAUUAUUUUUUUAAUUAUAUGUUACUAGUAUCAAAAUUUUAUAAUAUUACUACGAUCAUGAUGAUGAUGACAUUUAGAAAGAAAGAGAAGAAGUUGACGGAAAUAAUGCGAGCUGGCGGGGACCGCACCCACCAACCCAGGAUCGCUUUCAAUAUUACAACGUUAUUAUUAUCAUUUUCUUAUUGUUUUCAAUACUUCUUUAAACAAAGUUAAUUACUGUAUUUUCUUGUAGUAGACUGCUAGUCAACGAGGGUGGGCGUGCGUACGCGAUUCGAUUCUUUAUUAUUAUAAUUGUUAUAUUUGUUGGCCAUCAUCAAUCCAAGUGUACGAGCUCCACUAACUUCAGACUCUCAACCGAAAGAAUCGCCCAUAAACAAAGUGCCUAAAUUACUUUAUCCCAGUCAUAUUUUUAGAAUUCUUCACUAUUUGAAGGUAAUUUUAAAAUUUAGUGAUAAAACUCGAAUCGAUCGAUCGAUUCAACAAUUCCCGAUACCAGUAUUCGAAUAAUAAGUAGACUCGAAUGAAACAUCUCACGUACAUCUCUAUCGAAGUGGACAAAAACCUAAUCUUAUUUACCGAAAUUUCGUUAGCAUCGGUAUAAUUUACGGUACGCCACGAUAUUUUCUACAUUCGAAUACUUUUAUUGGUGUAUAAUGAAAUUUCGUGAUAUUUUUAGAAUAGUAUAGUUUAUUAGUAUUGUGAUCAAGUAAGAAAAAUGGAACGUGAAUCCCAAGCAUCAAAGAAAAGAAAAAGCAAUGAUGGUGAUCAAAAAAAAAAUUAUAUAUAUAUAUAAAUUAAUAUAAAGUAGCUCAGGGAAAAUAAUGAGCAGCGGAACUCGGGCUUUGUUUAUCGCCGAUUUGUGCUACAUUUUCUCUUUGAAAGCGAGUGAAGCUUGUAUAAUUUUUAUGCUUAUUGCGAAAGACGGAAGCAUUACAGAAACGCGUGCGCCCCCUUCAGCAGGCUUUCGUUAGAUCUUUUUAAUUAAUCGAUACACAGAUUAUAAAUUUUAUAAAUGUUGCUAUAUUUAACAAAAAAAAACAUAAAAACAUACAAAAAAAAGAUUAUAAGAGUAAAAAGAUUACAAAUCUUUUGUAAAUUCGUGGACUUGGAAAAGCGAAAAGUCCAAAUGCAGAUACAGAGGGAAAAAAGAAAAAAAUGUAUUAUUAUUAUAAUUAUUAGUUAUGAAAUACGCUGAAAUGCUGGACAUUUUAUGAAUAUAUUAUAUUAUAUAUAAAUAUAUAUGAAGAAAGAAAGAAAAAAAAUAAGGGAGAAGAAACUAUAUAUAUUAUAUGAAGAUGAAGGAAGUAAUGAAGCUGUGACACGGCCCCCAAAUCCUCUCUAAUAAAAAAAAAUGCAAAAUCUAUUUCAAGUGGACUAGAGGAGUUGUCCGUUUGAUUCAGAUUUUCGGAAUAAAUGAAUGAAAUACAAAAAAAAAAUAAUUACAAGAAAAGAAAACGUAAAGUAUAUUUAAUUAAAAGAAAUAUCUGCAAAUGUAUUUUAUAGAAGAAACAAUUGAAAAAAGUACAAAUAACAAAUGAGAAUGAGUUAUUAUUUAGACUGUGGAAAAAAAGUUAUCGGGGAGAUCGCGAGGUGUACAACUUGAUGGAUGUCCGAACGCCUCGAAUCUCAAUCUCAGUACCUAAAUCGCUACACAGAAUAACAAACAGAAAAUAUAAGCAAUGGAGCAGCAGACGAAUCAGUUAUUAAAUAAUUGUAAUAAGGAAUCGAGGAAUCCUUGAUCUUUUAGGGAUUCGCAAGUUUAAAUAGAGAGAGAAGAAAAAAAUGAAAACAGAAACUAAUUGCGAAACCUUCGACGAAGAUGAUGAUGAUGAAACAACAGUAUUCCCAGUACAAAAAGCUUGAGCCAAAACAUGGAAUGCAUGCAUUACGACUGCGGUUUCUGUUUUGAUUUUUUUUUAGUUUCUCCCAGAUUUACGUUUAGAUAAGGCCAUGUGUUCUUUAUUGAUUAUUCAUUGGUAAAGAUUAAGAGGAUUAUGCAAAAAGAAGGAGUAUAAGAUAAACCAUAGAUGUUAAAUAAAUGAAGAAGAAGAAGAAAAAAAAUCAUAGGUAGGACAUUAUUCGGAGUGGACCGGCUUCGCGCGCGCCCUCCUUUCUUGUGGUGUUUUCUUUUUUGUUUGUUAGCAGAUUUCUAGUUUUUUUUUUUCGUAAAACGCGUUCACGGAGGAGGAAAUAUUUAUAAAAGAUUAUAUAAAAGAAAACUUGAAUAUGUACUUUAACUGCCGGAUAUUGUGAGAAGAUUGAAUUAUAUAAUGUCAUAUCGUCGGCAAGAAAAAGUUGAGAGUUACACUUUUUACACACAAAA